UUCUACUUUCCCCUUGUACUCAUCUUCCAUUUUCGUCUCUGUUUUGAGGUUGCAUUCAAUCAACGACAAUUCGGACAAGAUGAUGCGCAUGACCUUUUACUGGGGAAAGGACGUGACUCUGCUCAUCGAUUCCUGGAAGACCCAUUCAUGGGUGAGUUACCUCCUAACCUUACUCGCUUGUUCCAUCUUCGCUUCCUUUUAUCAGUACAUGGAAGAUCGACGCCUCCGCUUCAGAUCCCUCGCUUCUCCCGCCGUUCCUCUCCUCCCCAGUUACCGCAACUCCGCUAAAUUCGCGACGGCCUUGCUCUUCGGAACCAACUCGGCUGUGGGAUAUCUCCUUAUGUUGGCCAUCAUGUCGUUCAACGGAGGCGUUUUCUUGGCUAUCGUUUUGGGUCUGUCUGUUGGGUACUUGCUUUUCAGGUCCGCCGAUGGCGACAAAGUGGUGGUGGAGAGCGUUUGCGCUUGCGCCUGACACCAUUUCUCCAAUAGUAUUCUUCUUCAUUUUACCAGAAUUACAGCUACCUUUUAGUUCUUGAAUCAUGUGCUAGUAACGUUUCUUCGUCUUCUUCAAUCAAUUAUCCUUCUUUUAAAUUUCUUCA